UCUCAGAGUGAACAUCCCGGGGCAAGAUGGCGGUCGGGCCUCGGCUGCUGCCCCGGGUCAGGCAGAAGUCGGGGGUCUUGGGCUGAGGCGGUGGUAAACUGCGGCCCCGACCCCGAGCGCGGGGGCCUCGAGUGGAUAAAGAAAACACAAGCUCCUCUGAAGUGAGAUGUCCUCAGCUGUGAGCCCUGUGCAAAAUCACUAAUGACUGAUUACCUGACAUUUCUGCGUCACUGGCAGGUCCUCAGGGUUUGUGCAAGUUUGCAAACAUGUUCACUGUUUCUCAGACCUCGAGAGCUUGGUUCAUUGAUAGAGCCCGUCAGGCUCGAGAGGAAAGGCUGGUGCAGAAGGAGCGGGAGAGGGCAGCUGUGGAGAUUCAGGCCCACGUACGGAGUUUUCUCUGUCGGCGUCGACUGCAAAGGGAAAUCAGGAGAGAGAUUGAUGAGUUUUUUAAAGCAGAUGACUCUGGGUCCAGUAAAAGAAGUGCACUUUGUAUUUUUAAGACUGCCAGGAAACUGCUGUUCUUGUUCAGAAUUAAAGAAGAUGAUGAGAGAUUUGAGAAUUUGUGUCGCUGCAUCUUGAGCAGCAUGGAUGUUGAGAAUGUACCCAAGAUAUGGUACGUGUCCCUGGCUCUUUCCAGGGAUCUCACCCUCCUAUGGAUUAAACAGAUCAAAGACAUUAUGUGGUAUUGCUGUGAGUUUCUUGAGCAGCUCAAGCCUGAAAUUUUACAAGACUCCAAGCUCAUCACACUGUACCUCACGAUGCUUGUCACCUUUACAGACACUUCAACAUGGAAAAUUCUCCGGGGAAAAGGUGAAAGUCUUCGACCAGCCAUGAACCACAUUUGUGCAAAUAUAAUGGGCCAUCUCAACCAGCAUGGAUUUUAUUCUGUGCUGCAGGUAUUGUUAACCCGUGGCCUGGCGAGACCCCGGCCUUGUCUGUCCAAAGGCACUUUAACAGCAGCCUUUUCCCUAGCAAUGCGCCCUGUGAUUGCUGCACAAUUUUCAGACAAUCUGAUCCGGCCGUUCCUCAUCCACAUUGUGUCUGUGCCCGCUCUCGUGACUCAUCUCAGCACAGUGACCCCCGAGCGCCUCACUAUUUUAGAAUCUCAUGACAUGCUCCGUAAAUUCAUCACAUUUUUAAGAGACGAAGAUCGAUGCCGUGAUGUAUGUGAAAGUUUAGAAGGGUGCCAUACACUUUGUCUCAUGGGCAACCUCCUGCACUUGGGCUCCCUCAGCCCCAGGGUGUUAGAGGAGGAGACAGAUGGGUUUGUGAGUUUGCUCACCCAAAUGCUCUGCUACUGUCAGAAGUACGUGUCUCAGAAGAAAUCCAACCUGACCCACUGGCACCCUGUCCUUGGCUGGUUCUCCCAAUCCGUGGACUAUGGCCUGAACGAGUCCAUGCCCUUGGUCAGCAGACAGCUGCAGUUCCUGUGGGGGGCGCCUCUGAUCCGGAUCUUCUUCAGUGACGUCCUGAGCAAGAAGCUGCUGGAGAACCAGGAGCUGGUCCACGCGCCGCCAGCGUCCCCACAGAAUGUGCUUCCCGUGAAGACUCUCCUGAAGCGUGCAUUUCAGAAGUCGGCGUCAGUUCGGAAUAUUCUCAGGCCUGUUGGGGGUAAACGUGUUGAUUCUGCGGAGGUACAGAAGGUUUGCAACAUCUGCGUCCUCUACCAGACCUCACUGACAACUCUAACCCAGAUCCGGCUGCAGAUACUCACAGGUCUCACUUACCUUGAUGACCUGCUGCCCAAACUUUGGGCGUUUAUCUGUGAACUGGGGCCCCACGGAGGCUUAAAGCUCUUCUUGGAAUGCCUCAGCAAUGACACUGAAGAGUCUAAGCAGCUCUUGGCCAUGCUGAUGCUGUUCUGUGACUGUUCCCGGCACCUCAUCACGAUCCUUGAUGACAUUGAAGUUUAUGAAGAACAGAUUUCAUUCAAACUAGAAGAACUGGUCACCAUCUCCUCUUUUCUGAAUUCCUUUGUGUUUAAGAUGAUCUGGGAUGGAAUCGUAGAGAAUGCCAAGGGUGAGACCUUGGAGCUGUUCCAGUCCGUCCACGGGUGGCUGAUGGUGCUCUACGAGCGGGACUGCCGGCGGCGCUUUGCCCCCGAGGACCACUGGCUGCGCAGGGAUCUCAAACCUAGCGUGCUCUUCCAGGAACUUGACAAGGACAGAAAACGGGCUCAGCUGAUCCUGCAGUACAUCCCGCACGUCAUUCCUCACAAAAAUAGAGUUCUCCUGUUCCGAAACAUGGUGACCAAGGAGAAGGAGAGACUGGGGCUUGUGGAAACCAGCUCUGCCUCCCCUCAUGUCACUCACAUUACCAUCCGCCGGUCCCGGAUGUUGGAGGACGGCUACGAGCAACUUCGGCAGCUCUCCCAGCACACCAUGAAGGGCGUCAUCCGCGUGAAGUUUGUCAAUGACCUCGGGGUGGACGAGGCAGGGAUUGAUCAAGACGGUGUUUUCAAGGAGUUCUUAGAAGAGAUCAUCAAGAGGGUGUUUGACCCAGCACUCAACCUAUUCAAGACGACCAGUGGGGACGAGAGACUCUACCCUUCGCCUACGUCCUACAUUCAUGAGAAUUACCUGCAGCUGUUUGAGUUUGUGGGCAAGAUGCUGGGGAAAGCUGUGUAUGAGGGAAUUGUGGUGGACGUGCCCUUUGCGUCCUUCUUCCUGAGCCAGCUGCUCGGGCACCACCACAGUGUCUUCUACAGCUCUGUGGAUGAACUGCCUUCUCUGGAUUCCGAGUUCUAUAAGAACCUCACUUCCAUUAAGCGGUACGAUGGGGACAUUGCUGACUUGGGCCUGACACUGUCAUAUGAUGAGGAUGUCAUGGGUCAGCUUGUUUGCCACGAACUGAUUCCUGGAGGGAAGACCAUUCCUGUUACAAAUGAAAAUAAAAUUAGCUACAUCCAUCUGAUGGCCCACUUUCGAAUGCACACUCAAAUCAAGAACCAGACAGCUGCCCUCAUUAGUGGAUUCCGUUCCAUCAUCAAACCUGAGUGGACCCGGAUGUUCUCGACCCCUGAGCUACAGCGACUCAUCUCCGGGGACAAUGCUGAGAUCGAUCUGGAAGAUUUAAAGAAGCACACAGUGUACUACGGUGGUUUCCAUGGAAGUCAUAGGGUCAUUAUCUGGCUCUGGGAUAUCCUGGCCUCUGACUUCACGCCCGACGAGAGAGCCAUGUUUCUGAAGUUUGUGACCAGCUGCUCCAGGCCCCCGCUCCUGGGAUUUGCCUACCUCAAGCCUCCCUUCUCCAUCCGCUGUGUGGAAGUGUCGGAUGAUCAGGACACCGGCGACACCCUGGGCAGCGUCCUGCGUGGCUUCUUUACCAUCCGCAAACGGGAGCCAGGUGGCCGCCUGCCCACCUCCUCCACCGUCCUGCGGGAGAAGCUGCGCUACGCCAUCAGCAUGAACACGGGCUUUGAGCUCUCCUAG